AUGGCUCUUUUUCUUGCGGUUUCGAUCCUGUGGGCCUUGAUCUGGCUUCUCUAUCGCGCCUGGCAGGUUUGUCAGACCCCGAACGACAUAUUAGUGGAGAAAUUGGGAUUGGAUAUCCCACCGCCGCCAGAGGUGACCCUCGAGGAGAUCACAGCCCGUGAGAUUCGCCUCGCUUGGAAACAGCCAGAUUUUCACAACUCCAUACAUAAGCACAUAAUUCAAGUGAACAAUGUCAAGGUGGGCGAAUCGAAACGAGCGGAAACCGCCGUGGCAAUCUUGAAUCUCGUUCCAGGUAGCAUCUACCAUAUAUGCGUUCUUUCCGUCAGCGCUGCGAACUUCCAAACCCCGAGUGCGAUCCUCCAUGUGCGAACGAAAUCUCUUCCAUUGUCCCGAGCCCAACAAGACACCACCACCGGGGCUCCUACGAUUCGGGCGUCUAUUCCCAGAUCCACAGUUGGACUGCCGACUCCUUCUGCCCCGGUCAUGUCCCGCGAGCAUAGUGCUGGUCAAUUGCCCGGCAAGCGACCCUCCACCGGUCGUAAAUUAUCGCCCGCGACUGGAACACCGGAUAUCGCUCAUGUACAUUCAGACGAGCCGUAUAUUAAGGGAUCAGCGAGAAACAAGCGGGACCAAACUCUGGAACAACUCGCAGACCGGCUCAAGUCUCUACAGCAAGAGAACGAUAACGUUGAAAAGCAAGCGGCGGAGGAAGAAGACGAGCAUACCGGCCUAUUAAAGGAUCUUGAGAAGCAACGUGAUGGCUUGAAGAAACGUGUGAAGGAAAAGGACGAGGUCAGCGGAGAUCUCAAGAAGCAUGUCUCGAAGCUUGAAAGCGUCAACCGCAGCGUGCAAGGCGAAAAGUCCAAGCGUCUGCGGCUUCUUCAACAAAAGGAAGCCGAGCGCAAGAAGCGGAAGAACGAUAUCGUGCGAUGGCAAGAGAAAGUUACUCGCAUGACUGACGAUGCUACACAAGUCAAGGAAGAGAAAGCUCGCUUGGAAGAAGACGGCAAGACUCGGGCUGAUGAAAUUCGCCAGAAGAUUUUGAAAGAGCAGAGUGACAUGAAGACCAUCGACGACGAAAUUCAAGACAAGGGUGGCAGAAUCAAGAAACUCGAAGAGGAGAGACAAGGCGUCCAGGGCGAUAGUGAGGACGGCAAGGAGUUGGACCGAAUUGACAAUGAGCGCGCCCGACAAUGGGAGGUCAAACUUGGAAACUUACAUGCCCGUUAUGCCACUCUCGUGAAUCUUCAUGCCCAGGCUCAGCAGCAGUAUCAAGAGGCCCAGGAACGGCUGAAGUGGCUGACAACGCAGCGGACUAGUAAUUCGGGACCGUUCUCUUUGCCUGCCUUGGACCUUGAUAUAUCGAAUAAUGCAACCAUCCGACCUCGUCGCCACCGCAGCUCCUUGACCAGCAAUGUCUCUUCCCCUAUCAAUUAUCCUGGUAUCGAAUCAGCCUUCCCCGGAGGAAUCAACUACAACCCACCUACCACGAGCUCGCCCACAUUCCCUCCCAUUUUUAAUAUCAAUAAUGGAAUGACGCUUCCGGGCCUCUCGGACCCACCCGAAAUUAUGCGCUCCGAUAUGGAGGCAGCGUUCAGUAACCCGCAAAUGAGUCCUCGUGCUGAUGCCUUGCUACCAUCCGAUCUUCUUGGUGACGAGGAGUCGCCGGAAUUCCCGCGACCUGUCACCCGGCCACGAUUUUCGACCUUGGAUUCAGCACAUAACCCCCUGGAUGGCUUUGGCCAUGGUCCCGUGUCGCCUGUCUCAUCAGGAAGUAGGCCAGGUAGCAUAUUUGCCAGUCCUCUUGAAACACACAGUCGACGAGAUUCAGAUUCUCAGGCAAUGCACCUUUCUAUUGCCGGAGAGGCUCCAAAGAGUGCAUCUCGAAGGCUUUCUGGCCUUUUCGGGUUGCGACCUCGUGGAAAGACGCUGGCUGAUGAACCUCCGAUGCUGGGCACGUUGAAGCCAGGUCAAAGCCAGUCAUUCCCUCGCAAUGUUGAUGAGCUAGACCCAAUUGGCUCACGUCGCCGGAGGCUGAGCUACACAGGCAACUGGGCUAAUGCGAUGUCAUUAUUUUCCCGAAGCAAUACAACUGGUGUGACUGCUGAUAGUUCCUCCGAUCACGCACCCUCUCGACGUGCUGCUUUCUCAAGUAUCUUUUCGUCAAGCAAAUUCGGAUUUGGCGGCGCUGCUAGCCGCGGAAACCCCGAUAUGAGUACUGGAUAUAACCAGUUCAGCCCUCGACACGAUCCCAUCGAUCCGUCGUCUCUCCUUGGCGGUGUUCGUCGUGGAUCCCUUUCUCCACGACCAUCCUCGACCUUCUCAUUUGACAAUCAAAAUCAGUUUCCCCACCCUUCUACAGACAAUCGACAUUUUGGUUGGCCCUCGACAGACCAAACUGGACAUCGGAAUAGUCCUCUCGGAUUGGAUUGGGCGUCCCCUUCUACGUGGUCUAGAGCACCAUCUCGCCGCCCAUCUAUUCAAUACGGAUCUUCGGGUCAUCUCCCCUUAGGGUUGACAGGUGAACCGGACUUUGUUGGGGAUUCAUACGAUCGCCAACUCCGACCUCUUCAAGCCCCGAUUGGCACUCGGCCAUCAUCAUCCCAUCGCCCGAUCACCCCGAAGCUGAAUCCUGCAGCACCUUCUUUCAAGGGAAUCUUCUCGAGCAAGAAAUCGGACCGAGGCAGGGAAAGGGAUGUAGAUGGUCCUUUUGAUCUACACAUGGACGAUGGAUCUCCUUCAGAACCUCGUACAUCACGCGACUCCCGCUCCCUUUCCCACUUCACCGGCGAUUCCUACGAGUCUCUAGAACGUGUGCCAUCUGGCACAUCAAUGGACAAUGCGUCCAAAGAAUCCUUCAUCCGCAAGAUCACCCGCAAGGGUAGCUCGAGCAAGUUCAGCUCUUGGAAGGACCGCUCCGGUUUGUUUUCCAAGAAGGGCGACUCAUCGCAGGGAGAUAUUGACGAGGAUACUGCAAGCGAGGCUCAGCUGGGGAAGAGUGUUGACAGCACUGUAUCCAGUGCGCCCUCCGCAGAUCGUUCAGCCCGCAGCAGUCUUGGCUUCUUUUCUCGCAAGUCGCGCCGGUCUGACAAGGCUAGUGAGACGAGUGAGCGAGCUGAUGAAACUGGCGACGAAGAACUUUCUGAAGUCGCCGAAGCGUGA